GUGGAGGAGCGCGCGGCCGCGAGGAAGGAGGGAGGGAAGGAAGAAGGAGGCAAGCAGGCAGGCAGGCAGGCGGCGGGCGUGGGGGUCGGGGACUGAAGCAGUAGAAGCAGGCGAAAACCCGGUUGCUGCUUCGCGCUGGUGCUGCGCGGGCUUUCGGAGGGGCAGCCGCUUGGUCGGCUGAGGAGGCGCGGGCGCCGCGGCGUUGGUGCUGUUGCCCGGGGCGGGGGAUCGGAGUGGCGAGAAGGGGGUCGUUGCGUUGCGCGUCUCCCCGUCGCGCUCUCCUUGCCGCUCUCCCGGCUCGGCGGGCUCCUCCCCGCGUCUCCUUCGCCUCCGGGGUCCCGCUCCCCGCCCCCCGCGGUAUGUCUUGAUCCCGAGCGGCGGGUUUCAUGGGGCUCCUUAGGAUUAUGAUGCCGCCCAAGUUGCAGCUGCUGGCGGUGGUGGCCUUCGCGGUGGCGAUGCUCUUGUUGCUGAACAAGGUCCAGAAGCAGGAGGAGUCCCUGUCGAAGCUAGAAAGGGCUUUCGCAAGACAUGAAGUUCGAGAAAGUGAGCAGCGACAUACACUGGAUGGACCUCGGCAAGAUGCAGCUUUAGAUGAGGAAGAAGACAUGGUGAUCAUUUAUAACAGAGUUCCCAAAACUGCAAGCACCUCAUUUACAAAUAUCGCCUAUGACCUGUGUGCAAAGAAUAAAUACCAUGUUCUUCACAUCAACACUACCAAAAAUAACCCAGUGAUGUCAUUGCAAGAUCAGGUUCGCUUUGUAAAGAAUAUAACUUCCUGGAAAGAGAUGAAACCAGGGUUUUAUCAUGGACACAUUUCUUAUUUGGAUUUUGCAAAAUUUGGGGUGAAAAAGAAGCCAAUUUACAUUAAUGUCAUAAGGGAUCCUAUUGAGAGACUAGUUUCUUACUAUUAUUUUCUGAGAUUUGGCGAUGAUUAUCGACCAGGAUUAAGGAGACGAAAACAAGGAGACAAAAAGACUUUUGAUGAAUGUGUGGCCGAGGGCGGCUCAGACUGUGCCCCCGAGAAGCUCUGGCUGCAAAUCCCGUUCUUCUGUGGCCACAGCUCGGAAUGCUGGAAUGUGGGAAGCAGGUGGGCUAUGGAUCAAGCCAAGUAUAAUCUAAUUAAUGAGUACUUUCUGGUGGGAGUUACUGAAGAGCUUGAAGAUUUUAUCAUGUUACUGGAGGCAGCUUUGCCGCGGUUUUUCAGGGGUGCUACAGAGCUCUAUCGUACAGUAGGAAAGAAAUCUCAUCUUCGGAAAACAACAGAGAAGAAACUCCCCACUAAACAAACCAUUGCAAAACUGCAGCAGUCUGACAUUUGGAAAAUGGAGAAUGAGUUCUAUGAAUUUGCACUAGAGCAGUUCCAAUUCAUCAGAGCCCAUGCUGUUCGAGAAAAAGAUGGAGACCUCUACAUCCUUACACAAAACUUUUUCUAUGAAAAGAUUUACCCUAAAUCGAACUGAGUACAAGGUGUGACAGUUAGAUUCUGGAACUAGAACUGUGUCCCCUGUCUUCACCUUCGUUCUCAGCCUCACAUCGUGGAUUGCUGAUACGUGUUUAAGACAGUUAAUAUUGGGCUAAUUAGAAAACAGUAACAUCAAGGAAGAAAAUACUGGCUGGUACGUCAGUGUGCUAAGUUUAAGUUUCAGGUGUUUUUCUUUUUGCUGUUUAAAUUUUGGUGAGCGUUACAACCUCCUGUGUGGAAGGGAUAAAAAAUACCUUACAUCCCUUAAAAUAAACACGUGGCAGAUCUAAUCAAAAGACUAAAUACAAUUUCAGAGAAAGAUUCUGAUAUUUUUAUUUUUGACAGAGCAUUUUUUUUUCUUUUUCAACUAACCAUGACUGAAGAUAAAUCUGUUUGCCAUUUCCACCUUCUCCAGAGGUUUGGGUUUAUACACCUCUUCUGAAUAGUGUUAAUAACUGUUUGGCAGUUUGUGCUUUGUUUCUGUGAAUCAUGUCUGAUGAAAUUUAUUAGAAUGUUUGAUCAUGUUUGCUAAGAAAUAUUUUUGCUAUAGUUGAAUUUGCCCGUAUUAAUGUAGGUGGGUUUUUUUUUUUUUUUUUGGAUGAUGAUCAUUAGUGUUAAAUUCCAGUUUAAACCAUGAAUACUGUAAAAAAGUAAAGAAUCAAAUCAGUAUGUCUUAUUCCUAUUUCCCCAGUAUCUAAUAUUGGGAAGAUGGCUCUAAGAAUGUUGGCAUUAGCUGAAGUUUCAGUUAAGAUUUCCACACAUUAAUAGCAAAAAAGUAAGUUUAGUAUUUGUUUCUCCAUGGGUUAUUUGUAAAGCUGUAAACUGAGAUAUCAGUGACUCUAUAUUAUGACUCCAUUAGUGAGCUGUGUAUGGGUAGGAUUUUCCUACUUCUUCUGUACUUUUACCUGUAGACUAUUUUUACUAAGGUGCUUUAUAAUGUGUUUUAAAGCGUUGCAUUUACAAAAAAAAAAAGGAAAAAUGCUGUAAAUACUGCAUAUUUUAUGUAUUUGGACCAAAAGGUUACAAGUAAUUAGACAAAAGUGGUUUUGCACCAAUUUUAUUAUGUCAAGUAAAAUCAUCUGACCUGUUCUCUUGUAUUUCUCAUUUAACUUUACUAUUAAGAAAUCACUAAAAUGAAGUUCAAUAAUCCUUCAAUUUUAAUAGAAUACAUUGUUCAUAAUUGGAGGCAGUAGCUGUCAUGGAAAGAGUACUAGACAAGUCUAAACAUUUUAACUUCUGCUCCUGGCCCUGCAGUUUCCAGCUGUGUGUGAUCUUGGGCAAGACACUUGACCUCUCUUCGCCUCAAUUUCCUCGUCUUGAAAUGAGGAUAAUAAUACCUGCUGUACCUACCUCACAGGGCUGUUGUGAGGACUAAAUGAGACAGCAUGUGAAAGCACUUUGAAAACUGUAAAGUGGAAUAUAAAUGUAAGGUAUUACUAUAGAAGCAUCUUUGACAUAUAGUUUCAUAUCAUUCAUUUUUUAACAAAGAAAAGGAAAAGUCCACUUUUAAGCUUUGUGAAAAAAGUUUAUCUUGAUAUAAAUUUGUGUUUGAUAAAUAUCUUGAGUGUUCUAUCUUCCAUGUUUCAACAGCUAAUGAAAUAUGAAACACCUGCAAACUCUUAAAAGAUUCAUGCGCAGCUGCUUGAGUUCAGGAGGUUUUCUGUUGGAAAUAAACUUUCGUUAGCUGAGUACGGGCAGGGAAACCUUGCUCUUCAAAUGUUAAAGAUUUUUGGCUGGUUGAUUUACUUUACCCUUCAGAAAUGAUAGCUGUUUUCUACCUGUAGUUUUUAAAGUGUGCUUUUCAGAAUUUAAUUUUCUUGUGUGUUCUUUACUCUUUUUCCUCCUCUAAAGAAUUUUAGAAAUUUUUCUAAAAUGAUAAUCUUUAAUAUGCUUAGUAUAAGUAAAUAUUUAUGAAUAUAAGUUUCAUCAAACUAAGCAUUUUAGUGUACGUGCUGCCGAAAUGAGCACAAACUAAGCAUUUUAGGCAGAUUGCCUUAAAGGUUCUUGAGUAGGAGGGGAAAAAGGGGGACACUGUAUCUCAGAAACUGUUUGUAAACUAAAAAGCUAAAGGGAUUACAGAAACAACAUUUUCUUCCCAAUAAUAAUAUUAAGAGACAUAACCAGGCAUACUUUUCUUAUUUGGUUUUCUUUUAGAUACCUAGGGUACACUAUAUCAAGGGUCAGUAAUGUUUUGCUGUACAGGACCAGAGAACAAAUAUUUUAGAUCUCUGUUACAACCAUGCUGCUGUCAUUGUUAAAAAAGAAAACAAAACCCAGCCGCAGACACUAUAGAAACCAAUGAGCAUGAUUAUGUUCCAGUGAAGUCUUAUCUACAAAAACAGGUGACAUGCCAGACAUGGCCCACGAGCUAGCAGGCUCUGCAACUACUUUCUGAUUUACGGAAAAAUCAUUUUUGUAUCCCUAUUCCAGUGGCCUGAAAAAGUUUAUAUACUUACAAAAGCUCCUAACUUAAAUCCAAAGAAUAGCUUUCUGAUUCAUGCAGUUUCUCCUACAGAUUCAUAAUCUUUUGUGUAUGUUGCUUGCACAUGGACAUGUUUUCUUUCCCACUUUAACCAUUUGGAAUUGGGAUGUUUAUUUUAUCUUCAGGGUGAGUUAAGAGUGUCCUUUCUGAAGACUGAAAAUGAGGUAGACCUAUUUUGUCUGGUACAGUAUAGUCUUAGGAGUCUGAGUCCUUUUAAGAACAUAAUUUUAUCAUUAAAUAAAUAGAAUCACUGAGACAAUAUGUAUUUUUUUAAAAAGUGGCAAAUGUGGUUUUCUUUUUUCAGUCUUUGCAUUUUUUCAGUGUUUGGCCCAUAGGGAGAUUUAGAUAAUGUUAAGUGGGUACACACACACACACACACACACACACACACACACACACACACACACAUUAUCUAUGUUUUAUUUCCUAACAGGAGAAGAAAAUAGCUUUUUGUUUAACUUGUAUCCACUCCUGUUUUCUGAUUACUGUGAAAUGGCAACUGUUGAUAAAUUAUUGUGACUGUUUUAAAAUGUAAUGGGGACAUAUUUUUAUUUUAUCCAGCUUUAACCUGUAAAUUAUCACUUAAAUAUAUCUGAUAGCAACACAUGAACUAUUGCAUGGAAAUUACUUUUCUAUCAGCCAUUUGCAUUUGUGCAAUUUCUAAUAUAUCGAGUGCACCUGACUUCUUGAUCAUUGGAUUUAAACUAUUGAAAAUCAGAGAACUUAAAUUUAUUGAGUUUUAAAUUUCCAAUUUUAUUUUCUAAAUAUUCAAUUAAUGCUUAUAAUUUGAAAUCUAUUCUUUUUUUGUCGUUUUCCCAUUGGAAAUUCCUAACGUUGCUAGUGUCCUCAUUGGUUUACUAAACAGUAUAUUUGAUACUGCAGAUGAUUUGCUUAUUGUUUUUGCAUAGUUCAAAAGAAACAUUUGUACGCGACGAUUCUUUUUUAAUUAAAUAAAAAUUCUAAAAGCAUUAGGAAAAUCUAAAAGCCGAUUCCCAAACACAUAUCUAGUAUUUUAGUACUUUAAAUUCUCCACAUAGAGGACAUCUGUAUAAAUCAUCUAGCUGGAUUUUCCCAUUCAUUGAUCAUUUUUAAACACACCUGUGGUCUUAGCAUCCUUUAUUGUGAAGUACUUAAUAUUCUAACCUUUUAUGAAGUGGGUGUUUAAAAGGCCUAAGUAUUUCUGUCUUACAAUGUGAAAUAUACUUCUUAAAUUAGCACAGUCUACUUUCUGAUAAAGGGGCAGUUAUUGUUAAGUUUUGCAUAUGUGUACCUGAUGCAGAGUUGCUGUAUGAUGCCAACUUAAACUGCUCUUCAAGCAGCUUUUUGAGGGGAAAAGCAGUCCUGCCUGAACGUACUGCCAAUGCAGCUUCUCUGCUGUGGAGCUUAUUUUUUGAUUUCCUGGAGUGGGAAUUUUAGAAAUUGGAAUGUACGAUCAUUUAGUCAGAUCAUAAGUUCGUGCAGCUUUGUGACCUUUGCAGUACUUUUUAUAAAAUGGCCCCUGAUGAUAAUGAUCUCUUGAAAGCUCAUCACUGGCAGGUCUCUGCCUGAGGUACACUGGUGCAAUCUGAUUUUUUUAGACAGCUUUUGUAGAUUUUGGUUCAGAGUCAGGUAUGUGAGCAUCUCUAAAUCAGUAUUGAAUGUAACUUAAACCUGGAUUUUCUGUUUUACAGACUUUAAUAGACCACUAAACAGUGCCUUUUCACCCCGCAAUCCUGUUGGAAGAUGCUCAUGACUGUCUUUUUCUCCCUCUCCUCCCUACCUUCCUUGAUGUAUGCAAGACUGUUUCCAGUUUGAAACAUUUUGUCUCACCUGUCUCUUUGGGAGAGAAAAUCACUCCUGUUCCUUAACAUUCUGCCAGCUUUCUUCUUGAAGUGUUUCAGUGGACUACCUGAUACAAAAGCUGUAAAAUAAACAUACAGUGGGAAGGGAAAAAGUU